CAAAAACAGCAGACAAUAAAUAUUUAUCACCUGUCAAAUCAGUUAAUUGUCACAAUUAAAAAAACAAGAAUUUACAUAAUGUUGUGCUUUAAUAAUUAAACAACUUGUUCAAUAUAAUGUUAAAUAAGAAUAAUAAUAAAGGAUAAUGGUGAUUUAAAUGAAAACAUUUGAACCAACGAAAAAACUCCAAUCCUAACCUAAAUAUUUUGCAGUAUUUUUGGGUUUUUUUUUAAAAAUAAUUGAUAAAAAAAAACGCAAAAAAAUGGCAAGUUCUCAGGAAGUAUUAGAAGGUUUUUUAUGUCCAAUUUGUAUGACUGAUCUAAAUACUCCGCAGCAAUUGACAAAACAUUUUGAAGAAUUCCACAAUGAAGACACUGAAAUUUUAAAAUCUCUCAAAGAUCUCUUUGGCAAAGCAAAGAAAAAGAUUUUAAAACAAAACGAAUCAGCAGAAACUUAUAAUGGUCCAAUUUUGACAGAUAAUCAAAAAUUUAAACAAGAAAUUGAUUGGGGAGAACAAGAAAUUGGUUUUAUUACUGACCAUACACAAUAUUUUAAGGAAAUAAGGAACAUAAGAUUGGAAAGAUAUUCUUCUGAAACUAACAAACUACUCAUAAGAUUGGACAAAUUGUUAAACAAUUUACCCUCUGAUCCUAGUGACAGAAGAGCUCAUGAACGUGCAAUUGUUCCAUGGAUUGAUGAGAAAGAUGUAAAAUUAUGUCCAACUUGUGCUCGAAGUUUUCACAUGGCAAGACGAAAACAUCACUGUAGAUUGUGUGGUGCUAUAAUGUGUCACGAUUGCACUGCAUUUCUUUCAAUAAUAGAAGCUCGAAGAAUGACUAGUCCAGCUUCGAUACAAGACGAUUCUGCUCUAUCACCUGUGUCUCCGGAUAAAUCUAUAAGUGGACGUUUUGUACAAACGAGUCUUGGUUUAACGAAAUUAGUAAGAUCACCUUCUAGUUCAAGCUUAAAUAAUGUUUUGUCAUUAAUAAGCGAUUCCUCUAGUAAUGAACACAAUUUUCGAUUAUGUGAACAUUGUAACAAUCUUCUUGAUGCACGAGAAAAGCUAAAGGCAAGACAAUUCGACAAGCCUAUUAUUUAUCCACUUUAUGAGAAAAUGCGAACCUACAUGACAGAAGCAAAACGUCAUAUUGAAAUGUAUAAUAAAAUGUGGCAAUCAUUAAGUGAAGGUGAAACAACUUAUGAAUUACGUGAUGCACAAGUUUUACGAAUGAAAAUAGCAAAAAUUGGAGAGAAUAUAGACUUGAUUAGUAAAAAAAUGUUGGUUAUGGGUUUAAACGAUAAUAAUGAUGCACAACAACAACAGGAACGAAGACUUCGUGAAAUGGUUCGAACGUCAACUGUGAUUUUUGUCAAGGAUCAAUUAGUUGGCAUGCCAAGUUUACCAUCAGAAGAUGAGUAUGCUGAAUUAAAGGAAAAGAGACAGCAAAGAAUCGAUUCUAGAAUUGCGUAUGAGUUACAAUUAGAAAUUGAAAAAGAACAAAGACAAAAGCGUAAAGAUUUACAAAAGGAUGUUUGGAAUUCUCAAACUGAUUCUCCCAAGACAAAUCAGUUAAUUAUGGAUAAAUCGAAAGGUUGGGGACCUUCAGGUGCUGCGAUAAUGAUUUCGUCAAAUAAAGCAAAUAUGGAUCCAAUUAUAGAACAAAUGAGUAAUUUAAAAGCUUAUAUAAAGCAAGCAAGAGAUGAUUGUAAAUAUGAUGAAGUUGCAACGUUAGAAAGUAAUUUAAAAGAACUUCAAAGCGCUUAUUUCGAUAUGCAACAAAAAAGCAAUGACACCUAGUCAUUUAAAAGUCAACAUUUAUUUACUAGUUUUAUUAAAAUAUGUAUAUCUAAUAUAGUAUAAUAUAAUUUAGAUUAUACAAAAUUGAAUAUAAAUUUUAUAUAUUACAAACAUUUAUAGUUUCAAAAAGAGGAUUUAUAAAGUAUGUAUACAAAAUUAUUGAUUUACUAGUUAUUCGACUGAAUAUAAAAAGAAUUUGUCAAUUUAAAAAAAAAAAUUUUAUUCUAAAAAUUGUAAUUUUUAAAUUUAUCGAAAUCGUAAACGGACUGUGCCCUUUGAGUACAUAAGUACCUAUAUAAUAAGAUGCAAUACAUGAAUUAAAAAUAUUUUUAAA